GGCUGGAGCGGGAGCCCAUCGGUGUCGCCGCUCCAGGACCCGCGUCCGCCCGCCGCAGGGACUCGGGAGAAGCUGAGAUGUGAGCCCUCCGACUGCCUGUUGCCUUCGCUGGCGCCCACCUCUCCAAACCACAGCCCGCGACGGCCAGCGAGCACUUGCCUAGAUCUUCCGGGAGAAAGGUGCGGCCCCUGGGCGCACGCACAGCGCGGCAGAAGUUGGACUGCCCAGGGCAGCUGUCAUCCAGCUGUGUGAGAGGGGUGGGCUGGGAGACUGAGACAGCAGACUUAAGGAAGAGGGCUCCGUCCGGGCGACGGGGCGGAGAGGGGGAGGUUGAGUUGUUUCUCUCUCUCUCCCCUGCCUCCCGGGCGCGGGGCAGUGGAAGAAAUGCUGAGCCGGCGCCCCGGCGCCCGCCGCCGCGACAGCAGCCUCAGCAGCAGCCUGAGCAUCAGCACCGGCGGGACAGCGACAGCGGGGGCGGCGCAGGCGCACUGUGCCCGGCGGAGCCUGCAGUUCCCCAGCCGCGUGUGCGGCACCGCCACAGUCUGGGCAGCGGCGGCCGGGGGAGCGCUACUACCAUGAACUGCCUGGUCCGUCUCCCCAGAGCUACUCAUCCAGGUCGGGCUGGAGACACAGUCAGGGGACCCCGCCGCCGCCGCCGCGCCCCCUCUUCUUUCGGCUUGAUCUCCACCACCUCUUCCUCCUCUUUUUCCACCUUCUCUUCCUGCUUCCCCCCCUCCCCCGCCGCGGAUCCUGGCCGCCGCUCUCCAGACCCAGGAUGCCGGGGGGCAAGAGAGGGCUGGUGGCACCGCAGAACACAUUUUUGGAGAACAUCGUCAGGCGCUCCAGUGAAUCGAGUUUCUUACUGGGAAAUGCACAGAUCGUGGACUGGCCUGUAGUUUAUAGUAAUGACGGUUUUUGUAAACUCUCUGGGUAUCACCGAGCAGACGUCAUGCAGAAAAGCAGCACUUGCAGUUUCAUGUAUGGAGAAUUGACUGACAAGAAGACCAUUGAGAAAGUCAGGCAGACUUUUGACAACUACGAGUCAAACUGUUUUGAAGUUCUUCUGUACAAAAAAAACCGAACCCCUGUUUGGUUUUACAUGCAAAUUGCACCAAUAAGAAACGAACAUGAGAAGGUGGUCUUGUUCCUGUGCACGUUCAAGGAUAUUACGUUGUUCAAACAGCCAAUAGAGGAUGAUUCGACGAAAGGUUGGACAAAAUUUGCCCGAUUGACACGGGCUUUGACAAAUAGUCGAAGUGUUUUGCAGCAGCUUACACCAAUGAAUAAAACAGAGACGGUCCACAAACACUCAAGAUUAGCUGAAGUUCUUCAGCUGGGAUCAGAUAUCCUUCCUCAGUAUAAGCAAGAAGCGCCAAAGACGCCACCACACAUUAUUUUACACUAUUGUGCUUUUAAAACUACCUGGGAUUGGGUGAUUUUAAUUCUUACCUUCUACACCGCCAUCAUGGUUCCUUACAACGUUUCUUUCAAAACGAAGCAGAACAAUAUAGCCUGGCUGGUGCUGGACAGUGUGGUGGACGUUAUUUUUCUGGUUGAUAUAGUUUUAAAUUUUCACACAACCUUUGUGGGACCUGGUGGUGAGGUCAUUUCUGACCCUAAGCUCAUAAGGAUGAACUAUCUGAAAACUUGGUUUGUGAUUGACCUGCUGUCUUGUUUACCUUAUGACAUCAUCAAUGCCUUCGAGAACGUGGAUGAGGGGAUCAGCAGUCUCUUCAGUUCUUUAAAAGUGGUGCGCCUCUUACGAUUGGGCCGUGUUGCGAGGAAAUUGGACCAUUACCUGGAGUAUGGAGCGGCAGUCCUUGUGCUCCUGGUGUGUGUGUUUGGACUUGUUGCCCACUGGCUAGCCUGUAUUUGGUAUAGCAUUGGAGACUAUGAGGUCAUUGAUGAAGUCACCAACACCAUCCAGAUAGACAGCUGGCUCUAUCAGCUGGCCUUGAGCAUUGGGACUCCUUAUCGCUACAAUACCAGUGCAGGGAUUUGGGAAGGAGGACCCAGCAAGGAUUCACUGUAUGUGUCCUCCCUCUACUUCACCAUGACGAGCCUUACAACCAUAGGAUUUGGAAACAUAGCCCCGACUACAGAUGUGGAGAAGAUGUUUUCAGUGGCCAUGAUGAUGGUUGGCUCUCUUCUUUAUGCAACUAUUUUUGGAAAUGUUACUACAAUAUUCCAGCAAAUGUAUGCCAACACAAACCGAUACCAUGAGAUGCUGAAUAAUGUUCGAGACUUCUUGAAACUCUAUCAGGUCCCCAAAGGCCUUAGUGAACGAGUCAUGGAUUAUAUUGUUUCAACGUGGUCCAUGUCAAAAGGCAUUGACACAGAGAAGGUCCUUUCCAUCUGUCCCAAGGACAUGAGAGCUGAUAUCUGUGUUCAUCUGAAUCGGAAGGUUUUUAAUGAACAUCCUGCCUUCCGAUUGGCCAGUGACGGCUGUCUGCGCGCCUUAGCAGUGGAGUUCCAAACCAUUCACUGUGCUCCUGGGGACCUCAUUUACCAUGCUGGAGAAAGUGUGGAUGCCCUCUGCUUUGUGGUGUCUGGAUCCUUGGAAGUCAUCCAGGACGACGAGGUGGUGGCUAUUUUAGGGAAAGGUGAUGUUUUUGGGGACAUCUUCUGGAAGGAAACUACUCUAGCUCAUGCGUGUGCCAAUGUCCGGGCCUUGACAUACUGUGACCUGCACAUCAUUAAGCGAGAAGCCUUGCUCAAAGUCCUUGACUUUUAUACGGCUUUUGCAAACUCAUUCUCAAGGAACCUCACUCUCACUUGCAAUCUAAGGAAGCGGAUCAUUUUCCGUAAAAUUAGCGAUGUAAAGAAGGAAGAGGAAGAGCGCCUUCGGCAGAAGAACGAAGUGACUCUCAGCAUCCCCGUAGAUCAUCCAGUCAGGAAGCUCUUCCAGAAGUUCAAACAGCAGAAGGAACUGCGGAACCAAGGCUCCACUCAGGGUGACCCUGAGAGGAACCAACUCCAGGUAGAAAGUCGCUCCUUGCAGAAUGGAGCCUCCAUCACAGGUACCAGCGUGGUCACUGUGUCACAGAUUACUCCCAUCCAGACUUCUCUGGCCUAUGUGAAAACCAGUGAGUCCCUCAAGCAGAAUAACCAUGAUGCCAUGGAACUCAAGACCAAUGGUGGUGCUGAACAAAAGUGUCUCAAAGUCAACAGCCCCAUCAGGAUGAAAAACGGAAAUGGGAAAGGAUGGCUACGACUGAAGAACGGCAUGGGGACCCAUGAAGAGAAAAAGGAAGACUGGAAUAAUGUCACCAAAGCUGAGUCAAUGGGGCUCUUGUCAGAGGACACCAAGGGCAGUGACUCAGAGAACAGUGUGACCAAGAACCCGUUAAGGAAAACAGAUUCUUGUGACAGUGGAAUUACAAAAAGUGACCUUCGUUUGGAUAAAGCUGGAGAGGCCCGAAGUCCUCUAGAGCAUAGUCCCAUUCAGGCUGAUGCAAAGCACCCCUUUUACCCCAUCCCUGAACAGGCCUUACAAACCACACUGCAGGAAGUAAAACACGAACUCAAAGAGGACAUCCAGCUCCUGAGCUGCAGAAUGACUGCUCUGGAAAAGCAGGUGGCAGAAAUCUUAAAACUACUGUCAGAAAAAAGUGUACCCCAGACCUCUUCUCCAAAACCCCAAAUGCCACUCCAAGUCCCUUCUCAAAUACCAUGUCAGGAUAUUUUUAGUGUUUCAAGGCCUGAGUCACCUGAAUCUGACAAAGAUGAAAUCAACUUUUAAUAUAUAUAUAUAUACGUAUAUAUUUGUUAAUAUAUUUAAAACAGUAUAUACAUCUAUAUACAUAUGUGUAUAUAUAGUAUAUACAUAUAUAUUUUCACUUGCUUUAAAUAUGAUGAACACAAUAUGGAUUUUGAUAUGUACAUCCUGCAUGUCCAGCUGGAUUCUGGCCUGCCAAAGAAGAUGAUUAUUUAAGACAUAGAUAUCGCUUGUAUAUUAUGCAGUUGACUGCAUGCACACUUUACAUUUAUUUAUAAUCUCUAUUCUGUAAUAAAAGAGUAUGAAUUUUGUUAACUAAGGCAAUGUAAUUACCUUGAAGAUUCAGGGUCUAACCUGCCAAUGUUGCCAUGACAAAUUUGAUCUCAGGCUGAGUAUAUUGAGCUAUCAUUUCUUCACUAUUCUGUUAAGUUACAAUUAUAGAUUAAUGUCAAGGAAGAGUUGAACUUCUUAAGCUGUUAGCACCAUUUUAUGCUCCCAUACCAUAAGGGUACUUUUCUGUAACUUAGUGUUAGGUUCUUUUUCCCUGCAGGCAAUGUUUGCUCCAUUGAAAUGACUGUUCCGUUGCCUACAUCAGAUACCAGUGUCAGAUAUUGAGAACUUAUUGCUAUGGGUUUUGUGCAUGAAUUGCAUUUCCACUCAAUGAUGCUUCUCCUUUUUUAGCAUUAUAUUAAAUAGUAAUCUUUAACUCUUAUGUAAGGAAUUCCCUGCUCCCUCCAUCUUGGAGAACAACUGUCAUCUUGUAAGCUGACAUCAACACCAUAAAUACUCAAUUGUUAAUAUAGUGUAUAUUAUUAUAGAAAAACUGCACCACAGGGUAUAAGGGCCUUUUAACAAAUCACGUUAGAUAUGCCAGUUGUCCAAAGAUGAUGAAUAUUCCACAUUUCUAUUUCCAAAGCUCGUUCAAGGGGGGAAGUUGAAAGGCUCUUAGCAAAGAAGCCUA